GGGUUUUUGAAAUUAGGUCUUAAGAUCAUUGCUGGAUUUAGAGGUUGAUAUAUUCCGGUUUCACAUGAAAUCAGGAAGUUUGUAGAGUUUUUAUAUGCACAAAAUAAGUGAACACUGGUUAUAGAAGUGUUAUUCUUGAGAGGAGUAGAACCAAUGAAGAGAAGGCGGUCGUCAUCUUCGACAACACACACAAACGACAGCUUCGAUUGUUUUGUCAUGGCAUUGCUGCGUUUGGGCGUCUUACUGAUUGCCUGUUUUUUCUUUGUGGUUUCCUGUUUGUCUUCGAGCACAGUGCAAGGAACUCCUGUAAACCCAAAAUUCAGAUCGUCGGAGGAUGGACUUUCAAGACAACCAAGAAGCUCGAAUGCCAUGAAUAGACUUUUCGUUGAUCCUACAGCUACACUCAGGGGCAGGUUAUAUUCAAGGACUGGUUAUUUCCUAGAAAUUUUAAAAAAUGGAACUGUGCAGGCCACAAUGAACAAUUCGUCAGAAUACACCAAACUUGAAAUGCAAAGCUAUAAUAAAACUUUGAAGAGGUUUAAGGGAAUUUUGAGCCAAAAUUUCUUAGCAUGUGAAUUAAGAGGCAGAAAAAGAGGACGAUUUAUAGGAAGAGGGAACCUGAGCAAUGAUUCUUUGUUUGUGGAGCACAUGGAAGAAAAUCACUACCUAACAUACAGGCCAUUCAAUAUUAUAAAUAUUUAUAACAACACGGGCUACCUCGCCAUCAAAAGUAAUGGUAAGUUUAGGAGAGUGGAACGUGCAGAGCCCGGCAUGUAUGCUUCGCAAUUUACUUUUCUACCGUUUGAUGCGUAAGUGGCGUACACAUGUUUAAAGAGAAUAUCAAUAUGUAUGAGAGAGAGAUGGGGAGGACUCUCAUUUGAAAGAGUAAAGGAAGAGGUAUUGGCUCUCUUGAAGGAGACCGAAAAAAGGCUUUGCUCGACGGCCUCUAAAAUUACCUCUAAAAGAUACAAGUCUCAUUUGAAAACAGCAUACUAGUUAAUUUUAAUUUAAAAAUGGUGGUUGAAUUAUCUUCGUAAUUAACUUAGAUCAGCAAACAGAAAGAUGGCUGUUUACAUUUUCUAUCGAGCAACCCUAAAAAGGAGAUCUGGAAGCUAUGUAUUCAUGAGCACAGCAAGUGAGAAAAAAUAUGUGAAUGUGUCUCAAAGAGAGAAGACGAGUGUUCCCUUUCCUUUCAAUUUGGAGUCUUCCCUGCAUGUGAUAACGAGGAGUAAGACUACAACACGAUAGAUUAUGGUUAAAAUGUUGAUACAGGCUGCAUAACAGCUUGAUGCCCAGCUGAAAUAUUAGUAACUUAUUCAAGGAAAUUGUGAUAUAGCUUUAAUUUAUAAACAUGUGUUAUUUUAGUCUUGCUGACAAUGCUAGUGCUUUUCCGUACCCACCGUCAAAGCUGAACUACUUCCCGAAAGUCUGUCACAACCAAGAAAUAGUGUGAGCCCUUAAUAGUCGCAUAAAACCCGAGUACAUUUGGUUCUUUAUUGUGGUUCUCAACCACACUAUAAAAGACUAGCGUGAAAAUUGUCAGUGAAGAACGAGAAUAGCGACAUGUCCGUGCUACUCGUUGGGAUUAAACUUCUAUUUUUUUUUGUUACGAACCUUUGAUACCGAGGAGAAAAAAAAGAACAUUCGUAAAGUUUAACGAUGUGUAUGUUUUCCUAUUUAUUUCUUGUAAAAGUUGCUCUCGCCGACACUGUUACCGUUGGUUGGUCUCAUCAGCUAACAUCAUGAUGAUGUUAGCAUUCAGCAAGUUAGUAUUAGGAAUCGAUUUCUACACAUCUGAGUCCUUUGGGGCCCGGGGACGCUCGGACUAGUUUCCUCAACAAAAGCUUGUUAUCGAGCCUAAGUAGCGUUUCAUAUAUUUUUUUAUAUGUUGUUUAAAAAAAGAUGCUGUAAAUUGACCUGAAACUACCAUUUCAUAGCCUAUAUAAUUGUCAUGAUCGAUUGUAGUUGGUGAUGUUCAGGACACUUUAGACGGUCCUCGUCGGUCUUGUUAAUUUAGAGAAACAAAUUGGGAAUGAUAAAAGAAAUCAAACGUUUUAGGUGUUGAUACAAGUGGCUAUGUUUCAUUAGGAAGUUUUCAGUACAAAAACCCUCUGAGAUGGUAACUUCCUGUUGAAAAUAAGUGGUUUUAGUUAUGGAUAAUUUUAUAAAUAUUUUUAAAUACAGUUAGAAUUUGCGUCUCUUUCACCAAUAAAAUAGUAUAAGUGAUAGUCUUUAGUCAAUUUAUGAGGUAAAUUUUAUUUAACAGCAAAUGGAAAUUUGCACAUAAGUCUGAUUACAAAUAGACCAAGAGAGGAAUAUGCAAAGAUUGUCGAUGAUUUAGUUAGCCGUUGAUUUUUUAUGUAAUUUGGCACAAAGUGCAAAUAUUUAUUUAUUUCAUGUAGCUGUUGGCUAUUUAAGUGAUUAUAAAGACGAAAGCGACGUAUAUGCAGUUAAUCAUGAAUGUAAAUUCCGAGCCUUUUAAAAAAGAAGAAUAAGAUCACCUCAGAAAGGAACCUUUACAACUUCAAGCUAGCUUCUAGCUGUUUACAGUCAGAGCGAUUCUGAGGUUAUUCUAGGUGUACCUUCUAAACUUCUUGCUGAGAAUAGCAACUGUUGUUUAUUUCAGAAUAAAGGGAAAAACCUAAGAACUGCACGUCUCUAACAGAA